CACUGCGGCGGGCUGGCCGUGCGAGAGGCGGAGGCGCUGCCGGGAGGGAAGCUGCCCAGCGCUGGUUACAAACCCCGCGGCGGCCGAUUGCUGAGUAACUGGAUUUCCAAUCACAGAAGGAAAAUAUCAUGUCUCGAUCACGCCAGCCCCCUCUUGUAACUGGUAUCUCUCCCAAUGAAGGGAUUUCAUGGACAAAAGUCACAAUUAGAGGAGAAAACUUGGGAACUGGGCCAACAGACCUCAUAGGUUUAACAAUCUGUGGACACAACUGUCUGCUGACUGCUGAAUGGAUGUCUGCCAGUAAAAUAGUGUGUCGAGUGGGACAAGCUAAAAAUGAUAAGGGGGACAUUAUUGUCACUACAAAAUCAGGUGGCAGAGGAACUUCGACUGUUUCCUUCAAACUCCUGAAACCUGAGAAAAUAGGUAUCUUGGAUCAGUCUGCUGUCUGGGUUGAUGAAAUGAACUAUUAUGACACGCGCACUGACAGGAACAAAGGGAUUCCCCCCUUGUCUCUACGUCCAGCUAAUCCGCUUGGUAUUGAGAUAGACAAAGGCAGAUUUCCCCAGAAGGAUUUGGAGGCACUGUUUCCUGGGAUGAGUGCCGAUUUCACUAGUGAAAACUUCUCCGCUGCAUGGUAUUUGAUAGAAAACCAUUCAACAACAAGUUUUGAUCAGCUCAAAAUGGCAGUCAUGAAUCUGAAGAAGCAGGCAAACAAGAAAAAUGAGGGGAGUCUAGCAUAUGUGAAAGGAGGUCUCAGCACUUUUUUUGAAGCACAAGAUGCCCUGUCAGCAAUCCAUCAAAAACUGGAAGCGGAUGGAACGGAAAAAGUAGAAGGAUCCAUGACGCAAAAACUGGAGAAUGUACUGAACAGGGCAAGUAACACUGCAGAUACCUUAUUCCAAGAAGUGUUGGGUCGCAAAGACAAGGCAGAUUCAACAAGAAAUGCACUCAAUGUCCUUCAGCGUUUUAAGUUUCUUUUUAACCUUCCUCUUAAUAUUGAAAGGAAUAUCCAAAAGGGUGAUUACGAUGUGGUCAUUAAUGACUAUGAAAAAGCCAAGUCACUGUUUGGGAAGACCGAGGUUCAAGUGUUCAAAAAAUAUUAUGCUGAAAUUGAAACUCGAAUUGAAGCCUUAAGAGAACUUCUUCUGAAUAAAUUGCUUGAGACUCCAUCAACAUUACAUGAUCAAAAACGUUAUAUAAGAUAUCUUUCUGAUCUCCAUGCUUCUGGGGACCCUGCGUGGCAGUGUAUUGGUGCCCAGCACAAAUGGAUUCUUCAACUCAUGCACAACUGCAAAGACAGCUACGUUAAAGAUCAAAAAGGCAAUUCGUUGCUACAUAGCCCCAUGCUAGACCUGGACAGUGAUGUGCGUCCGUCUCCACUUGGUCAUCUCAGUCAGACUGCUUCGCUGAAAAGGGGCAGCAGCUUUCAGUCGGGUCGUGAUGACACUUGGCGUUGUAAAGCUCCUCAACAAGUUGCAUUUGUUGAAAAGUUGACAAAACUUGUUGUAAUUCAGCUCCCCAACUUCUGGAAGCUCUGGAUUUCUUAUGUGAAUGGAAGCCUUUUCAGUGAGACUGCUGAAAAAUCUGGUCAAAUGGAAAGAUCAAAGAAGAAUGCUAGGCAAAGACAAAAUGAUUUCAAGAAAAUGAUUCAGGAGGUGAUGCAGUCCCUGGCAAAACUCAUCCGUGGAGCUUUGCUUCCAUUCAGCCUCAGAGAAGGAGAGUUGAGACAGUAUGGUGGCUGGGAGAUGAAAUCUGAACUCUCUGGACAGUGGCUAACACAUGUCAUCCAGACUGUAAGGCUUAGUUAUGAGUCCCUUACUGCACUUGAAAUACCAAAUGAUAUGCUUCAUAUCAUCCAGGAUCUUAUUUUGGAUCUUCGAGUACGUUGUAUAAUGGUCACCUUACAACACACAGCUGAAGAUGUGAAGAGGUUAGCUGAAAAGGAAGACUGGGUGGUUGAUAAUGAAGGUUUAACAUCUCUGCCAUCCCAGUUUGAACAAUGCAUUGUGCAUUCCUUGCAGUCACUCAAGAGUGUUCUGGACUGCAAACCUGGAGAAGCCAGUGUUUUCCAGCAACAAAAAACACAGGAGGAUGUGUGCCAGCUAAGCAUUGGUAUCAUGCAGGUUUUUAUAGAUUGUCUGGAACAACUGAGCACUAAGCCUGAUGGUGAUGCAGAUACCACACAUCUUUCAGUUGACGUUUCAUCUCCUGAUUUAUUUGGAAGCAUUCAUGAAGACUCUAGUUUAUCUUCCGAGCAAAGGCUUUUAAUUGUACUCAGUAAUUGCUGCUACCUGGAACGUCAUACUUUCAUAAAUAUAGCUGAACACUUUGAGAAACAUAGCUUCCAAGGAGUUGAAAAGAUAACUCAAAUUAGUAUGGAAUCCUUAAAGGAGUUGGAUCAAAGACUGUUUGAAAUUUACAUUGAAUUGAAGGCAGAUCCUAUAGUUGGCUCAUUAGAACCUGGCAUUUAUGCAGGAUAUUUUGAUUGGAAAGAUUGUCUCAUUCCAACAGGUGUCAGAAACUAUUUGAAAGAAGCAUUAGUGAAUAUCAUCGCUGUGCAUGCAGAGGUAUUCACCAUCUCUAAGGAAUUAGUGCCUCGAGUACUGUCAAGGAUUGUGGAAUCUGUUGCUGAAGAACUAAGUCGACUGAUGCAGUGUGUGUCAUCGUUCAGUAAAAAUGGAGCUUUACAGGCAAGGCUUGAAAUCUGUGCAUUGAGAGAUGCUGUGGCCGUAUACCUAACACCAGAAAGCAACUCAAGUUUUAAGCAAGCUUUGGAAGCCCUGCCACAACUCUUAAGUGGAGCAGACAAAAAGUUAUUAGAAGAGCUACUAAACAAAUUUAAAAGUAGUAUGCACCUGCAGCUCACCUGCUUUCAAGCUUCUUCAGCAAUGAUGAAAACAUAGACGACAGCAAAAU